ACAUUUGCCGCAAGUAAUGUUAGAAAGGAGUGGAGCAAAUGAGAACGAAAACUCUUAUUUCGUGUGGAUUACUUCUGGAAAAAGAAACCCCUACAAAAAGCGGAAACUAGUACAACAUUAGAAACAACAUACACAGAUUGGAAUAAUACGGUCGCUGUCUGCUGGACCAAACCCAUGAUGUACCACGCCUGCUCUGCAGCCCCACCCACAUCCUGUCUGUAGAGGAAGCGGCCGCACCAGCAUGUCCUCCCACCACCAAUCCUUGCCUCAGGGCCGGAGGGCUGUGGACACCCGCCACCUGCCAAACCCUGCCAGUCUACCACUCCAGCUGGCACGGGCACACACGGAUGUGGGACUGGUGGACUACCACCCUCACUCUCGGGACUACAGCUCACACAUGGCUCAGCCCCACCGCCGCCGGCCCUCUCUGCUGUCCGAGUUCCAGCCAGGGAAUGAGAGGACUAGGUUUGGGCGGUAUCCAGAUCUUCAUUCCGACCUUCUGCCAUACCAGGAUAUUCGAGGUCAGGAGCAACACAUCCGCUAUGAGCACAUCUACCUACCUGAGCCCAACAACCAAUCAGAGGUGGAGUAUGCUGAGAUAAAGCGCCCCCGCCUGGACCUGGGGGCGGAGUCUCUCAUGCGGCACUCAACCCACCGCCCACAACUUCCUCUGGGAGGGGCUGAGGACAUGUCAAAGGACAUGGGCAGCUCCAUGGGAAAGCUGGAGCCCAUCUCCCCCGUCAGCCCGGCCCAGAUGGACCCUGAUCUGGACCUGGUGCCAGCCCGCUUCUCCAAGGAAGAGCUCAUCCAGAACAUGGACCGUGUGGACCGGGAAAUCACCAUGGUGGAGCAGCAGAUCUGCAAGCUACGCAAGAAACAGCAACAGCUGGAGGAGGAGGCAGCGAAGCCUCAGGAGCCGGAUCGGUCCAUGAUCUCCCCCCCGCCCAGUGAGGCCAAGCACCGCAGCCUGGUGCAGAUCAUCUAUGAUGAGAACAGGAAAAAGGCAGAGGAAGCUCACAGGAUUCUGGAAGGACUGGGACCUCAAGUAGAACUGCCUCUGUACAACCAGCCUUCCGACACCAAGCAGUACCAUGACAACAUCAAAAUAAACCAGGCGAUGAGGAAGAAACUCAUUCUGUACUUUAAGAGGAGAAAUCAUGCUCGGAAGCAGUGGGAACAGAAGUUCUGCCAGCGCUAUGACCAUCUGAUGGAGGCCUGGGAGAAGAAGGUGGAGCGCAUUGAAAACAACCCCCGGCGCCGGGCCAAGGAGAGCAAGGUGCGAGAGUACUAUGAGAAACAGUUCCCUGAGAUCCGCAAGCAGAGAGAGCUGCAGGAGCGCAUGCAGAGUCGGGUGGGGCAGCGUGGAGGAGGACUGGCCUCAUCUGCAGCCCGCAGUGAACACGAGGUCUCUGAGAUCAUCGACGGCAUAUCAGAGCAAGAGAACACUGAGAAGCAAAUGCGUCAGCUGGCAGUCAUCCCUCCCAUGCUGUUUGACGCGGAGCAGCAGCGCAUCAAGUUCAUCAACAUGAACGGCCUGAUGGACGACCCCAUGAAGGUGUACAAGGACCGGCAGGUCAUGAACAUGUGGAGCGAGCAGGAGAAGGACACCUUCCGCGAGAAGUUCAUCCAGCACCCAAAGAACUUUGGCCUGAUUGCUUCUUUCCUGGAGAGAAAGACGGUGGCAGAAUGUGUCCUCUUCUACUACCUGACCAAAAAGAACGAGCACUACAAGAACAUUGUGCGCAGGAACUACCGGCGCCGUGGCAGGAGCCAGAACUCCCAACAACAACAACAACAAGUGAACCGCAGCAGCCAGGAGGACAAGGAGGAGAAGGAGAAAGAGAAGGAGGGAGAGAGGGAUGAGGAGAAGACUGAGGGGGAAGAAAAGGAGGAUGUAAUGAAGGACGACACCUCUGGCGAGGACGGGGAAGACAAAGAGCCCACGGUGGCCUUAAAGGGUCGACGCACGGCUAACAGCCAGGGCCGCCGCAAGGGCCGCAUCACCCGCUCCAUGACCAGCGAGGUGGAGGAGACCACCACGCCACCACUCAGCAGUGAACUCGCCAAUCUGGAGAUGAAUGAGAGCUCUCGCUGGACUGAGGAGGAGAUGGAAACCGCCAAAAAAGGUCUUCUCCAGUAUGGUAGGAAUUGGUCAGCCAUCGCCAAGAUGGUGGGCUCCAAAACUGUGUCCCAGUGCAAGAACUUCUACUUCAACUACAAGAAGAGGCAGAAACUCGACGAGAUUCUGCAGCAGCAUAAAAUGAAAUCGGAGAGAGAGCGUAAGGCACGGCGUAAAGGCAAAGCCCUACAAAGUGAAGAGGCCAGCGCCCCGUCUGCUGCCGAGGAGGAGGAGAUGGAGGGCUCCGGGGCCAGCGGUAAUGAGGAGGAGGCCCCCGAGGAUGGAGAAGGUGGGGCUAACAACAGCUCGGACACAGAGAGCCUGCCCUCUCCGCGCUCAUCUGAGGACAGCAAAGCUAAAGAGGAGGGUAAUGGCAGGGCCAAAGCUGGCUCCAACUCUGGGGACAAGGAGGCCUCAGGUUCCCACAUGGGCCAGGGAGGAGAUGAGAAACCCCCAGGAGAAGUGGAGAAGGCCAUCAAGCAGGAGGUGAAGACAGAGGCAGGGGAGGGCAGCAAGGAGCAGCCCAGCGAAUCCACAGACCAAGACAUGAAGCCCCUCACUGCAGAUGCAGAGGAGAGCAAAAGCUCAUCCAAGAGCUCCAAGAGGGACCAUGGGCCCAAGACGGGCUCCCACGCAGACAGUGACUCUAGUGCCACCUGCAGCGCUGACGAGGUGGAAGAGUCGGACAGCACAGAGAAGAACAGGAUGACGUCUCCCAGCCGUCCCAGCCUGCUGAACUAUGCUCAUGAUGGGGUCAUCUCCUCCCCCAUGCAGAAGCCCAUGGACCUGAAGCAGCUCAAACAGAGGGCUGCUGCCAUCCCCCCUAUUAUGCCCCCAAUGUCGGAUGGUGGACCUCGGGGCGGGGGUAGUAAGGCCGAGCUGCCCCCCCAUGCCCUGGCUCUCUACCAGCAGCAGAUCACCAUGGCCCACGGAGAGUCCUCCCAGGAGGCCAAGCAGCAGCAGCAUGCAGGUCAGCCCAGCAAACAGCACCCCUACCCAGCACAGGGAGACAGAGACCCCCACAACAUCAGCAGCCCCCGCGUCUGCCCACGCAGCCCCUCCGCCAGCGACAAGGACGAGCUGGAAGGCAACGAGAGGUGGCUGCAGACUCUACUUCACGGAUUACAUAAGUCCCGGGCCUUCUCUCCUCAUGGUGACCCUAAGAAGCAGGAGGUGGGGCCAGAGGACCUGAGGGCCACUACUCUGGGCCGGCCCGUCAUGUCCCCCUACCCAAUGUCCCAUCGAGACAUGGCCAAGCUCAGCCACGACCAGCACCUGCUCCACUACAACUCCUCUUUCCAGCAGGCUGGCCACUCUGGGCCCCCUGGUCUGCAGCACGAUGGUGUCAGAUUGGCAGCUGGGCUCCCCCUCCACAUGCCAGAGCCACCCCCUCUCAUCUCCUCCAACAAGCCAGGGGGGUCUAUCACACAGGGCACCCCAGUGCAGCUGCAUAGCCCGGCUCACGGGAUGGACCAUGGGAAGAUGCCCCCUGCACAGAUGGGUUUGUCCUGGAUGGAUCAGAGGAAAGUGGGUCCCUACCCAGUGGUGAAGCAGGAGCAGCUGUCUCCGCGGUGCCCGUCCUCCCAGGCAGAGAACCUAUCCACGCAGGGGGCGCCCCACGACACCAACGCUAGACGUGGGUCUUUGCCAGCAGUGCAGGGGGGCAGCAUAACAAAGGGCAUCCCAGGGACCAGAGUGCACCAGGACUCCCCCAUCUCCUACCGGGGAGGCUCCAUCACCCAGGGCACCCCGGCAGACGUGCUGUACAAGGGGACCAUAACCCGUCUGAUCACAGAGGACAGCCCCAGCAGGGCAGAGCGGGAGCAGGAUGAGGCCCUGUCCAAAGGACACGUGGUCUAUGAGGGCAUCAGCGGACACAUCCUCACCUAUGACCGCCCACCCUCUCAGAAAGAUGACGGCCGGGGCCAGCCUGGGGAGAUCUUGGGGCUGAAGCGCCCCUAUGAUGUCAGGGGGUUGCCCAUGAGGGAGACACUGUCUGCAGCUAACUGUGAGGGUCUGAUAGGCAGAGCCAUAUCUCACGAGAGAGACAACCCACACCCAACCCACCACAUCCGUGGUUCCAUUUCACAGGGUAUCCCCCGUCACCUGGACAUCCAGGAUGGCUACAUGAGGCGGGAGGCCAAGCAGAUGAAGAGAGAGGGCUCCCCGCCCCGAGGGACUGGCCAGAUGGCUGACCCCAUGAAGGGCCGAGAGGCCAUUGUGCCCACCGUGAAGGAGGGGGGCCGAUCCAUCCACCUCAUCCCCAGAGAGGAGCUCCGACUGAUGCCCGAAGGCAUGAUGAUGCCCAAGGCUGGCAAAGAGGGCAUCAUAGCACAGGGCACACCUAUGAAGCAGGAGCAGGGUGGCUCAAGGAAGGGGCACGACGUUCGGUCCAUAAUCGCCAGCUCCCCACGCUCCCACUACGGCAUGCCCUCCCAUCUGGAGAUGCGGGGCCCUGAGCAGCGGGGUCGCUACGAGGAGGGUCCUAAGGGCCGUCCCAGCACUGUGGUCAGCACGGCCAGCUCCGUGGCUCGCUCCUCGCCCCUGGCAAUGGGGGGUGAGCAGGGUGGCAAGGCUCACCACAGCCCUGUGGGCUACGAGGAACACAAGGGUGGCAUGAGGGCUCCCUACCCUGGGCCUUCUCACCGAGGAUCCCCCCUAUCCAGAGACUCAGGCCAGCGGCAACAUGAAGGCUCCAAUAAGAACCAGCCUCAGGAGCGCAAGGCCACACCGACCCCUCGGGAGAUGAGCUCCGGCAAGUCACCCCUGCCAGGCGUUGCCGAGCAGCAGGCCCAGCAACAGGCCCAACAACAGGCGUCCCUGGCAUCGUACGAGCGUCUGCUGCAGGGUCUGGGGGCCGACGUGUACCGAGGACAGAUCCCCCUAUCCUUUGAUCCUGCUUCCCUGCGUCAGGGCAUCCCCAUCGACCCAGCGGCCUACUACCUGCCUCGCCACCUGGCCCCUAACCCUGGCUACCCCCACCCCUACCCCUACCUGAUCCGGGGCUUCCCCGACACGGCGGCCCUGGAGAACCGCCAGACGCUGCUCAACGACUACAUCACCUCCCAGCAGAUGCACCAGUGGCCUGCAGCCGCCGCUAUGGCUGCCCAGCGCUCAGACCUGCUGAGGGGGCUCUCGCCACGGGACCAGCCCCUCCAAAUGCCCUACUCUGCUGCCCCGCGCGGGAUCAUUGAUCUGUCUCAGGUGCCACACUUACCUGUCCUAGUCCCUCCCUCUGCAGGAUCUUCCAGCUCCCCCAUGGACCGCAUCACUUACAUCCCCGGGGGUCAGGGAGCCUUCCCCAGCCGGCCCUACACCACCUCCCCAAUCUCACCAGUUGGGCCCCAACACAUGAGCAAGCAGCACGGCACACCAUCGUCUGCUGACCGCGAACGGGAGAGAGACCGGGAGAGAGACCGCGAGAGACACCGCGAGAGAGACCGUGAGAGAGACCGCGAGAGAGAGAGAGACCGCGAUAGAGACCGCGAGAGAGAGAGAGACCGCGAGAGAGACAGGGAGCAGGAGAGAGAGCGGGAUCGUGAGAGACAGCGAGACAGAGAGCGGGAGAGAGAGCGGGACCGGGACAGAGAGAAGGGGAUCUCUCAUGGCAACGUGGAACAUGCACCCAUCUGGAGACCAGGCACAGAGCACAGCUCCGGUGGUAGCAGCAGUGGCAGUGUCAGGCCCUCCUCCGGCUACAGCCACCAGCACUCCCCGAUGUCCCCUCGUACCCAGGACAGUGUCCAGCAGAGGCCCAGCGUCCUGCACAAUACUGGGGGCAAGAGUCUGCCUGUCAGUGACCACAACAACCCCUCUGUGCUAAGGUCCAUGCCAGGCUCCAGUCGCUACCCAGGCUACGGCCACCUCCAGAGGACCGGGAUGCCUCCUGAGGGCUACCCACCAAUCAUAGACCCCAAGGAAAUGGGCCGGGAUGGUGGCAAGAGCAGGGGAGGCCUUCCUAAACACACCCAAGACCAACAUGGGCCCUCUAUAUCCUCCAGCAAAUCUGACCCCAAGCUGGCCAGCCCUAACCAAGGGGGUUACCCCGUGCCCUACCCCCAGGGCUCUGCAGCCUCUCACCACUCAGGCCGGCCCCCACCUCACCUGCUGCCCCCCCAGUCGGAUAACCCUGUUGGCCGCGGAGAAAGUGGCACGCCUAGUAGGGAAAAGACUCAAAACAAACCGAUGUCCGUUCAGGAACAAGAGCUCCGAUCACUCGGUAAGACCACCAUGACUGCGGCCAACUUCAUAAACGCAAUUAUCAUGCGUCAAAUUUCUUGUGAAACGGGGAUGCCAGAGACGGGCUCGCUCGUGGCCAACAGCGCCAGUGAUGCUCAACAGAAGAUGAUGCCCAUGGAGCAGCACGGUCUGUACCGGCCUCCCUCCGAGGAGAGGCUGUCCCCGGGCCAGCAAUCCCCCCUGAUCAAAGGCAGCCAGAGGGUGGUCACCCUUGCCCAGCACAUCAGUGAGGUGAUCACCAAGGACUAUACCCGGCAGAGCCAACAGGCCCAGCAGCAGUCCUACCACAGCAACCCAGUCCUGGACCUGACCCGGCCCCCCAGCGCUCCCCAUGCCCUGCCUGCCUCCCAGGAGCCUAGCCAGGGACCUCGCUACACUCCAGAGGAGGCAGGAGGGGAACGUACCCGAGACAGGUCUCCUCAGCCCAAGGCGUCACCUGUCAGUAUGUCUGCAGACGGCAUUGAGCCAGUGUCCCCUGCAGGAGCCAUGUCUGAACCAGAGACACAAGGGGCCUGCUACCCCAACGAGCAGGGAGAGCAGGGCAUGGGCUCUCGCUCCCCUCCCAACACCCAGCCCCCAGCCUUCUUUAGCAAGCUCACUGAGAGCACCUCAGCCAUUGUCAAGUCCAAGAAACAGGAGAUGAUCAAGAAGAUGACCGUGGUCGGCAGUGAUGCUGAUUUCAAUGCUGGCCAGCCAGGAACAGAGAUCUUCAACAUGCCUGCCUCUACCACUGCAGGACCUGUAAGUAUCCGCAGCCACCCGGCUACUGAGGCGUCCGGUAACACCAUAGGCCUGGAAGCCAUUAUCAGAAAGGCCCUGAUGGGCAAGUAUGAUGACCAGGUCGAGGAGCGCUCGCCCUCCUCCAAUGCUAUUAACCCCAUGGCUGCCAGUGUGCCUGCCGCUAUUCCUCUCGCUGACGGACGGACGGAGGACUCUUACUCGCUACUAGGUGGGGGAAAGCCAAAGGGUAGCGGGCGCUCUAACGGACGGAAGGCCAAAUCUCCCGGGCCGGGCCUGUCAGGGGGGGAGAGACCAUCCUCUGUGUCCUCUGUCCACUCUGAGGGGGAUACCAACCGCCGCACGCCCCUCAUCAACCGUGUCUGGGAGGACCGGCCCUCCUCCACAGACUCCACUCCCUUCCCGUGUAACCCCCUGACCAUGCGUUUCCCCAGUGGCAUGCCAGUGGCAGCGCCCUCCCCCUCCUCUGGCCAGCUAGGGGCCCAGGGACCCGGACAGGGGCAGGGACGGGCCUGGGAGGAGGAACCUAAGCCCCUGUUGUGUUCUCAGUACGAUACCCUGUCUGACAGCGAGUGAGAGACCCUGCCAUGGAACAGAACAGCACCCGCCAACUAUCACCCACCUCUACUUCUGCUGCAGGCACACAGACACUCCACGCUACGCUCUCCACCCAGGAAAGGAGUGCGAUAUGACCUCUUAGCCUCCCAUCUCACACGGCUGACUGAGCAUCUCAAGCGCUGAUGGUGGUGUGCUGAAACACUGCUGCUCAGUGAGUGUGUGUGUGUGUGUGUGUGUGUGUUUCUGUGUAUGCACUCACUCCAGGACUAAUCUAAAGGACAAAUUACUUGUUUUUUUACUUUAUUGCUGGCCUUAUCAAUACGGACACAUCAACUCACUCGCUUUUUUGUGUACGUUUCUAUUGUCUUCUACGGAUUGUGGAUUGUGUUUUAAUCUGACCUGUUGAUGGAUUCACUGGCCCUGGUCAAGGAUGGAUGUCUCCCUGCUCUACUCUGUCUGGGCUCUGUGAGCAGGGCUUCAACCUGGAGCUUCAACUUGGAGAAGCCUGCUGCCUCCACUGACCAUCUCUAUCUCUCAUUCUCUCUGCCAGUGACCCCAUGGACAGGGAGUUUAACCACACAGAGCUCUGCAUGGAGAGGUCUGCUAGGGAAGUGGACUCCUUCACUGGCCCAUGUCACUGUGCAGAGGGCAGUGGGACAGGCAGGUAGCCAGGCAUGGCAUCCAUAGUACAGUACAUUACAGUGGACACUGUGUGCAGACGGCCGGUGCAUUUCUACCACUAUCAGAUGAUGGACAGGAGGAAAAAAUGUGUUGGUUAUUUAGUUUUCUCCUUUUUAAAUCAAGUCAGUCCAGUCUUGUGUUUGAAAGUGAGCUGAGACCGUUAGUACUUUUGAUGGUGAAUUUUGAUGGUGUCAGUUAUUGUCUCUUAUUUGCAAUGAUCUAUCUUGGGGGGUACGUGGGAGGGUUAUAUCAUUGGUUUACAGGGUAAACAUGCUGUCCAUUGCUGAUGAUGUCAUCAUACAUUUGAAAUGUUAUUGGAGGACGGUAUGGUCUCCAGGCAUCCAAUAGAGAGAGCUGACUGUGGGUGUGAUGGAUGGCACUAAGAGACAAGUGACACUUUCUCACUGUUUGUAUAUGAAUCAUGUCUAUGUGUUUGUUGAGACUGUUUGUAUAUGAAUCAUGUCUAUGUGUUUGUUGAGACUGUUUUUGGAUGUUAAGCACUUAGUUGUCAAUCUGUUCACAAUGGCAUUUUUAAGAAUCUGUGUUUCGGGCAGGCGAGAAUGGACUCAAGAAGAAGAGUGUAGAAUCGUACUAAUAGAGGCGUCCUCCUCCUUUAACAUCUGUUUGUUUCUUUUGGUCUUGCCACCUACAUUAUUUAGUGUUCCCACACUCAAGCGACAAUCACAGUUAGUGAAACAUUACCUAGUCCGCUUUGAGCGGGUGGAGACCAACCUUAAAGCUGCUUUAGGGCAAAUUUCCCAGCAUUAGAGUUGGAAUUUGCUUGCAUUAAAGAGGUGACAAAUAAAAGCCAUCUAUGUUUCUAUGCCCCUUGGACCAUGGUGGUGCUGGCUGGAAGCCCAUCUCUAGGAUGGAACGCCUAAUGUCUCUAGGAGCUGCCUGUUGUGACGGUCUGACCUCUGAAAUUUUACUGUCUAGAGGAAGAGGAGCGCUGCCGCACGCCAGGCCAGACGCACCUUUUUAUCUAGACCCGAUUUUGUACAUUUAUAAGAUUUCUAGUGUUGUGCCAUUUAUUUUACUUAUACAGUACUGAAGAUACCAAGUGACGCACCAUUCUUUUUCUUUUGUUCUUUUUUUAUACAUGCCAGGGUUAUAAGUGUUCAUGCAGGGAAAUGUUGAAACCAAGAGCAGAUGAAAUGUCCUUCUUUUGAUGUAUUUUUUUCCCAAAUCUGUCACAGCCUUAGCGCUUAACUGUCACUGUCACUUACAAAUGAUUUACAAUGGCGAGCUGCUAACUUACUGUUGUGAAUGUGAAGAAAUGAAAAGCAGUGCAUUCUGUCUGAGGAAUUUAGAACGUGCUGCUGUCACAUCAGGUUACCAUAACAACGGGCAAUGACAUGGUCAAAGUUGAAUGUCCUCUUGCUCUUUGCCGGCUAAGCAAUAGCUAUAUUAAAGGUGAAUGCCAAGAAGAAAGAUGUACAAAUGGGGCUGUUUGAAAGGCGAUCAUAUAAACAUUGCCCAAUUUGUUUUUGCUGGCAACAUACCGUGAGUCCUUUGUGAAAGGUAGAAUAUUCUGUCAUGGUCCUGAUUCAGAGGAGGUUUAAACAGUCCAAAAGUUAGUGUUACAUUUGUGUGAUUAAGUUUUUAUCCAUUUUAAUGAUGGUGUCCAUGGCUUGUAUUGAGGAUGAUGGUGUCAAUGGCUUGUAUUGACUGUUGAAGCCAGAGAAGCACAGCUGUUCUCAGUGUGACGUGUUUAGAGGGACUGCACUGCAGUGGGUUAUCCUGUCCAGUCCACUAGUUGAGAGUGAGUUGUGUUAGUCAUGAUGGAGACGUGUUAGUAAUGAACAUGUGUAACAGUUGGACUGCUUUCACUCUCCUUCCCACUCCUCUUCACUGGAUUACAUAAAGUUUCUACUCUGGCUACCUAUUAUACUGGUCAUGUUUUAGAUCUAAUCAGUCAAGGUGAAGCUAAAUGAAAAGUUUGUAACUGGACUCAAUCAAACAGAAGUUAACCCCAGCUUUGUAUUAUAAUAUAGUUUCAGUGUCUUUACUUGUAUAUCAAUUUACUACUCAUGAAGUCAUUGGGAGAGCAAAGUGACAGCAAAGUUUGACAUGACAGGAAGACAAAACCAUAUCCAGAUGUGUUAGCUAAAUAAAUAGCAGAGGAAACUAGAAUAAUCAGUUGUUUUUAAAUGUACUGAUGUGUAUUUUAAUGAUUUAUGCUUUCCCCUCUUGUUUCUGUUUGUUCUUACACCGCUUGCUUUGAUUAUGGUCAUGUCACUCUCCAUGCUAAUAGUUAGCAUUUCAUUUGUAAUGAAAGGAAUGAUUUUUAAAAACGAACGAAAAACAAAUGAAUCGAAUGGCCGAUACGAUCUCUGUAUUGUCCACAGGUGGGCGGGGGGAUGGCAUUGACAUUGUUCAAACGUAUUGUGCGUAAUGAUUUCUUUUUAUUAUUAUUAUAAACCACUGUAUAAUAGCCAGGAUUGUAUAUAGAACUGAAGAGAUGUAAAUAUUUAUGUGGCUUGCUGCAAGGUUGGUAUUUACAGAAAAACUAUUCACACUGUUUAAUUGUACAUGCCCACCAGCAAGCUUUGUGGAUAGCGGUGUAAAAAACACACAAAAAAACACUGCCUUAAUGUUUAAAUAAAAAGCUUAUUGCCAUUGAAA